AUGGGUCUGACGCGAAGAAUAGCAUUGCUCCUCUGCCCAUGGGUAGUCCAACUGCUAAUCCAGCGAACCCUCGGAAGUGACAUUUUGGCAAAUGAAGGGAAGAAGGAGAAGGAUGAUGUGCAUAAAAUUAUAAGUGAGUUACGGUUCCUACAGAAAGUAGAAACCAUUUUGGAGAGUAGCAAUAUGAGCGUUUCGGAUGUAGAGGCAGAUGUGAAUGCAUACAAUCCGGAUAGGGAUGCUCCCAGGGAAGAACUGGAAAAAUUGCAAGACCAGCAGGAAGAACCUGAAAAAGAAAUUAAUCACUUACGUAAGAACCCACAAAGAAGAACAGAAAAAAAAGAAGCAUCUAUAAAAAACAAAAAAGCAUUACGAUUAAUCGUGAGUGAGAAUCAUGCCACGAGUCCAUCCUUCUUCGAAGAGUCUCUACUUCAGGAAGAUGUGAUGAGUUUUAUCCAGAGUAAAGGGAAGCUAGCCAAUUUAAAAAACUUGAAAUCUAUUAUUAUUGAUUUGAAUGACGACAUGACGGAUGAGGAGUUGGCAGAAUAUAUUAGCAUGUUGGAGAGGAAGGGGGCCCUCAUAGAAUCGGACAAGUUGGUAGGAGCGGAUGACAUCAGCCUUGCAUCUAUAAAAGAUGCAGUUAGGCGUGGAGAGAGUCGCUUAAAUUUGGACAAAUUUCACAGCACCAUGUUGGAGGUGCAGGACGGGGAGGCGAAGACCAGCCAUCCGGGCAGUGCCAUCGGUGGGAGCGAUGUAAGCGAUGUAAACGGUGGAAGCGAUGUACGCGGUGGCGACAGCAGCAGCGAUGAUGACAUCCUAUUAGAGGGGUCCAUACACACGGAGUCCUACCUCCCAGGGAGAAAAACAAGCAAUAGUUACAAAUUUAACGACGAAUAUAGAAACCUGCAGUGGGGACUAGACCUUGCCAGGUUAGACGAAACACAGGAUCUAAUAAACACGAACCGAGUGAGUGUAACAAAAAUUUGUGUAAUUGAUAGCGGAAUCGAUUACAAUCACCCUGACUUAAAAGGAAACAUAGAUGUGAAUAUGAAAGAGCUAUAUGGACGAAGGGGAGUGGAUGAUGAUAACAAUGGAGUCGUUGACGACGUGUAUGGAGCGAACUUUGUGAAUAACAGUGGUGAUCCCAUGGAUGACAAUUAUCAUGGAACCCAUGUAUCCGGAAUCAUUUCCGCUGUUGGGAAUAACAACAUCGGCAUAGUAGGAGUGGAUGGACACUCCAAGCUAAUCAUAUGUAAGGCUCUGGAUCAGCACAAGUUGGGACGAUUAGGGGACAUGUUCAAAUGUAUUGAUUAUUGUAUUAGUAGAAAGGCACAUAUGAUUAAUGGUAGUUUUUCUUUUGAUGAAUAUAGCAGUAUCUUUAACGCAUCUGUGAAUCACUUACGAUCCUUGGGAAUUCUUUUCUUCGUCUCAGCAAGCAAUUGUGCACAUGAUAAGCUGACCGAACCAGAUAUCACCAAAUGUGAUCUUGCCGUUAAUUAUAGGUACCCCCCUAUAUUGUCCAAGACACACAAUAACGUAAUUGCUGUUGCCAAUUUGAAGAGAGACCUAGAUGACAGUUACUCCUUAUCUGUGAACUCUUUUUAUAGUAACAUCUAUUGCCAGCUAGCUGCUCCUGGCACAAACAUAUACUCUACAACACCCUUCAACAGCUAUCGAAAAUUGAAUGGUACUUCCAUGGCAUCUCCUCACGUGGCUGCAAUCGCUUCUAUCAUUAGAUCUAUUAACCCUAAUUUGAGUUAUGUACAAAUUGUGGAGAUAAUGAAGAACGCCAUUGUGAAGCUGCCUUCUCUCACGGAGAAGGUCUCCUGGGGGGGCUACGUGGAUAUCCUGCUCGCCGUCAACCUAGCCAUCGACUCCAAGUCGGUGCCCUACAUCAAGUCGCAGUCCUGGUUCAGCACCACCCCUUAA